CUCCACCGAGUCCCCAAAUAACACUAUCCAUUUAAGACCUUAAAAAGGUCGUAUAUUCAGUGAAAUUCCAAGUGAAGAGGGUUUAGCUAUCCUAGUUAGGGCAGGCAGAAUCAAAAGGGUUUUGCUUUCUUUCUUCAGAAAAAUCAGAAUAUGAAGCUUAAACAGUUAGAAUCUUAUCUGGGUAAUCUUGACCAGUUCUCAAAUCCAAAGAUUGAACUGGAACAGUACCCGACAGGAUCUCAUAUUGCAUCUCGAAUGUUAUACACUGCAGAGAAUUCAUUUGGGGAUAUAAGUGGGAAAGUAGUUGCAGAUUUUGGUUGUGGGUGUGGUACAUUAAGUAUUGCAAGUGCUCUUUUAGGUGCUGAAUAUGUUCUUGGCAUUGAUGUUGAUACCGAGUCCCUUGAGAUUGCGGGAGAGAAUGCAGAGGAUCUUGAGGUGGACAUAAAUUUUGUUCAGUGUGACAUCAACAAUCUGAACUUGAGAGGUCAAAUUGUCGACACUGUUGUAAUGAAUCCUCCAUUUGGUACACGGAAAAAGGGCGCAGACAUGAAUUUCCUCUCUGUGGCUAUGAAGGUUGCAUCCCAAGCAGUCUAUUCCUUGCAUAAGACAACGACCAGAGAUCACAUAAAGAAGACUGCAUUACGGGAUUUAAAUGCUAAAAGUGCCGAAGUCAUAUGUGAGCUUCGGUACGAUGUGCCACAGCUUUACAAAUUUCAUAAGAAGAAAGAGGUUGAUAUUGCAGUGGAUCUAUGGAGAUUUGUUCCUCAGAGAGAUCAAGAAAGGUAAUGAAAUCAUCGUAAUCUUCACUAUUUUGAUGAAGGAGAUAAUGCAAUGUAUCAUAGACAAAAGUACAUGAUGAAUUUGAUAAGAAAAGGUAAUGUAACUGUAAUGUACAAUGGUUCGAUUAGGUUGCAAUCUAGGGCACCAGUAUCCAUUUUAUCAUCAACAAUGCAAUUAUUUAUAUUUGUAGUACAACCAGUUCCCUUUCCAACUUGGUUUUUAUGAUUGCCAACUUUGAUUUGGAAUCUGGAUGAUCAUGACAUCAUGUACCAGUUGAUAAUGGGCUGUAAUGGGCUUGGUGUCCAAAUUUAGAGUCUAAUCCAGUGGUGGAGUUCAGUCUAGUGCAUUUGAGAUAUAGGUACUUAUUUUCAGGUUGGUAUUCAAGGAGAAGAACUGGAGAUCUAUACUCAUUCAGCUAUUUUAAAACUCAACUGAUA